AUGGCCCCUGCCCCUGCUUCUGCCCCCGCCUUCGCCUUGUCCGCCUUCUACAGUCUCUUUUUCCUCGUCAUCGAGCCCAUAUCAGCCUUGCUCGGAGCUUACUACGCUCAUUUCCAACCCUCCACCUAUCUGACCCUGACCACUCCUCUAUCGCCCUCGACAGGAGAGCUCCCACUCAGCACUCAAGUGGUGCUUACCCAACUGGCCAAUUUGUAUCUGCUCUUCGCCAUCAAUGAAGCUCUAGUGCUUCGUUCAACCUCGGAUCUCCGAGUGUGGAAGACGGUGCUUUUUGGUCUCCUGAUUGCGGAUCUGGGUCAUUUGUAUAGUGUCAAGGGCUUGGGUUGGGAGAUUUAUUGGAAGGUUACCCAGUGGAACUCGAUCGCUUGGGGGAAUGUUGGGUUUGUGUACAUGGGAGCAGCUAUGAGGAUAUGUUUUCUUGCGGGGGUUGGAUUGGAGACGGAGAGGGGAAGACGAAUUGCUGCCAUGAAAGGAAAAUGA